UGUGAAGGGAGGGGGCGGCCCGGCCCGGCCCGGCCCAGCUCUGCCCCCAGCGGGCCCGACCCCGGCCCCGGCCGGACCAGCCCUUAUCUGAUCCCAGCUUCGGUUUAAGAGUUCCGGCCCUGCGCGUCGCACAGCUUCUUCCUCACUCCUGUCCUCCCCGUCCAUCUGUCAGUCCCGCUGCCCAUCCGAAGGGCCACUCCACCAGGACCCAAGAUGACAUCAGUUGCCAAGGUAUAUUACAGUCAGACCACUCAGACAGAAAGUCGGCCCCUAAUGGGCCCAGGGAUACGACGGCGGAGAGUUCUGACAAAAGAUGGUCGCAGCAAUGUGAGAAUGGAGCACAUUGCUGACAAGCGCUUCCUCUACCUCAAGGACCUGUGGACAACCUUCAUCGACAUGCAGUGGCGCUACAAGCUUCUGCUCUUCUCUGCAACUUUUGCAGGCACCUGGUUCCUCUUUGGAGUGGUGUGGUAUCUGGUAGCUGUGGCCCAUGGGGACUUGCUGGAGCUGGGCCCCCCAGCUAAUCAUACCCCCUGUGUGGUACAGGUCCACACACUCACUGGGGCCUUUCUCUUCUCCCUUGAAUCCCAGACCACCAUUGGCUAUGGCUUCCGUUAUAUCAGUGAAGAGUGUCCACUGGCCAUCGUCCUUCUGAUUGCUCAGUUGGUGCUCACCACCAUCCUGGAAAUCUUCAUUACAGGUACCUUCCUGGCGAAGAUUGCUCGUCCCAAGAAGCGGGCUGAGACUAUCCGUUUCAGCCAGCAUGCAGUCGUAGCUGCCCACAAUGGGAAGCCCUGCCUUAUGAUUCGAGUUGCCAAUAUGCGUAAGAGCCUCCUCAUUGGCUGCCAGGUGACAGGCAAACUGCUUCAGACCCAUCAGACCAAAGAGGGUGAGAACAUCCGGCUCAACCAGGUCAAUGUGACUUUCCAAGUAGACACAGCCUCUGACAGCCCCUUCCUCAUUCUGCCCCUUACCUUCUACCAUGUGGUAGAUGAGACCAGUCCAUUAAAAGACCUCCCCCUUCGCAGUGGUGAGGGUGACUUUGAGCUGGUGCUGAUCCUAAGUGGGACAGUGGAAUCCACGAGUGCCACCUGCCAAGUGCGUACUUCCUACCUGCCAGAGGAGAUCCUUUGGGGCUAUGAGUUCACACCUGCCAUCUCACUGUCAGCCAGUGGCAAAUACAUAGCUGACUUCAGCCUUUUUGACCAAGUUGUGAAAGUGGCCCCUCCUAGUGGCCUACAUGACAGCACUGUACGCUACGGAGACCCCGAAAAGCUCAAGCUGGAGGAAUCAUUCAGGGAACAAGCUGAGAAGGAGGGCACUGCCCUUAGUGUACGCAUCAGCAACGUCUGAUUGCUUGGUUUCCCACCUCCCUAUCCCUCUGGUCUUGCUUUCUUUAUUGGCACUCUGGGAUAUUACCCAGGCCUACUGGAGAGUUCCAGAAGCACCUAUUCCCACUCCCUCUCCUUUAACCCAGAGGCCUGUGGGAAGUGUAGACCAACUAGAGUCCAAGUUUUUCUCCCAUCCUCCCCUUUCACCUCGCCCCACUUCCACCACAUUAUACAACACCCCCACCCUGAAGCCAGGAUUGGGGAAAGAGAGGGAAGAUUAGGCUGAAAGGCUUGGAGGCCUCAGCCAUGGUGGGAGGCUCACAUUAGGAAGACCAUGCAGUUGGAUGGAUUGACUCCCCUCACCACCAGAAAGUUUGGUGAUUUGAGGCUGGAAUCCCCUCCCUCUCUAACUUUCUACCUAGCAAGUUCCCCAAGGCAAUAUUCUGUGAGGGUCCCCUUAGGGUCUGUGUCCUCAGAAAUAUAGGAAUCUGGAAUCAAUUUAUACUGAAGUCUCUACCAACCUGUUGAAAGAAGUCGUGGUUUUUCAUGGUGAAUUUUUGUUGGUAACUCCUGACUUAAUGUAGGAUCUUGGUCAUCACUAUUUUCCACUUUGUAGUUUCUAAAGUGGACCAUCAGUAUACUCAGUUCUCUCAUUGACGCCUCUGCUCCCAGAGAAUUGGGUUGACCCAGGAAACAGAAAACCUAGUCACAACCAUCACACCUGUACCCACCCUGAAUUCUGAACUCUUCAUUGUGGAAUGACCACUGCAGAGCUACUGUCCAAAUCCCUGAACCUGCCCUCCAGGUUGAUCUGGGAGGAUUGUUUUCCCUGUGUUCUAUGAAUGGAAUGUCCCUCACCAAUAUGUUCCCCUGGGAAAAAGUUCAGUGCCUAGACCCCAUGGAAAGGUCUGGAAAUAGUGUUCCAGAUUACACUGCCCUUGGCUUCUCUUCUUUCCUGCCUAGCCCGCCAUUUCCUUAACCCCAAGACUUCAGAGGAAGUGGGGGUGAGGGACUGGGGUGGGAAUGCAAGGGCCUCCCUCUCUUAACACUGAUGUUUGACUAAAACUAGACUCACAGAGCACAGAGUUCCCAGGAAAGUUAAACCAACCAGACCAAGUGGGAUGAGUAAAUUCUCAGAUUUCCAAACUGGUAUAUAGAGCCUCUGGGAAUUGGGGAUGCUUUGUUAAGGUUUGGGCAGAGGCACAACUCUGUGGCUGGCAGACACUAUUCUCCCUGUUACCCUUCCCAGUGUCCUUCUGAAGAGUGCCAGCUAUUUCAUUAGGCAAUGCUGGGAGUGAAGGAAAUUAUACCUCCUGAUCAAAUAACCGUAGUCUCCCUCAGCCAUUCCUGAGACUUGGUAUAAAGUGAGUAUCAGUCUCAUUUCUACUUUCCUUUACCAUGAGGCCAGUUUCAGGCAAGUUAAAAUGCAUACUUUAAGAGAUCAGACUCAGGCCAUUCCUUGUUCUCUGGUGGGGACUGUGGUAGGGGGUCAGGAAGGGCAUAUGGGCACCAGAACUUUUUUAGAUACCUGAAAUCCCAAGAGUACUUCCUGGUCUCAUUUAAGUACCAGGGGACUUCCCACCCCCAACACAAAGUGGUUUGGUAUAGAGUCCCUAUAUGAAUCAAGUGGCAGUUUCAGGUGGACUCAGCCAAUCGUUACAAGCUACAUACUUCUACAGAAUAUGUAUAUGCACCAGUGUGCAGACCCUUACAGAGAAACUCACAAAAUUUUGAGGCUGGACUUAUGGUCAUCAGUUACUACAAUUGCACAAGAUCGUCUUAUAUUGAUCUCUCCUUGAACUCUAAUUAUGUCUUGAAGACCCUUUGUUCUCUAUUUAUGGUAAACCCCACCAUUACUUCCUUGCUCUUGAGAAAGUAAGAACCAGAAAAACUUGAAAAUCUGAAACAGAACAGAAGGCAAAGAAUCAGCUUCUGGGCUCUCAACUUUAUUCACUGUUAGAUGUACCUGAUUUCUUUCAAUGUGUAAGGGCAAAAAGUACUGCAGUGUGUGUCUCCUUAUCUGUUAGCAAGUUAUCCUCAAUCUAGUUUCUUCAGCACACAGCUACUUCCCUUGUAAGGGAAUUACUCUCUUCCCACCCCCUGAUGUCUAUUCUAAGCCCCCAUAUUCUUCUCACAUAUUUGGAUAACAAAAUGAGAGCAUUUUCUGACUUUGAUUCUCCAACAUGAUCUCAGACUUUGCUCUAAAUUUCACUUUAAAUCAUACUGACUUUUUAACACAACCUGGCUUAUUCUCCCAUACUUCCCCUUCCUCCACUCUCCAGAAUGACACCCCACACUGUCAACCCUAAACAGCUCUUUAGACUAUGGCCUCUGUUUCCUCUGAGCUGAAAUCCUCUUUCAGGCUAUCAGAUAGGCUUUAGAAGCAGCCAGAUCUGGUGAGAAAUGAGGCCCCUGACCACAUCAACCAUAGACUUGGCAUGUUAGGAGAGCACUAGGAACAGAUGUGAAAGGGAGGGAUUCUGGAGGAUGGGCAGAACAACUGAAGACAGCAGUACAAAAGAUGAGAAAGUGUGCUACUGAGGAACUUAGUAAAAUCAAUGAAAUCCUUGAAUUUUAUGUGAGCUAGAAAACAAGAGGUAAGUGGAGGCUUGGGAAAUUAGGAUGAUAUAUAUGAAAGAUUUAUCUAGAAAAACAGAAAUUAUAUAUAUAUAUGUAGAGAGAUGUAUAUAGAUGUACAUAAAACCAGAUAUACUGAAUGUACAGAAAGGAAGUGUUCAGAGAUCUUAGCAUGGGGGCAGAUAUCUUGCUCUGGUUUUGAGAUAGGACUCCCCAGAUUUCCAAAUUUAACAACCAGUAAUCAUAGUUUCAAUAUGAAAGUGAGAUACCUGACUAUGGGAAAGAGAAUGGUGGAAGCUUUCAUUCAGAAAUAAGAUUCAUCCAUUGAGGUUUCUGAUAAAGCCUGUGUUGCUGAUAAGACCAGGGAGACAGGAGAAAAAUGGAGACACUCCAUCCAUAGAAAUCUAGGAGGAUUCCUACUUAUGUUGUUCUCCCAUCCCCAGAAGUGUCCUGUCACUGUAGCACUGUUUAAAACUACUAAAUAAAAGCAUCCUUCUGUUUCCUUC